UAUCUCUCUCUCCCUCCUUCGACAUACACAGGUUGAUCCAUACGCUAGCAUUUGAGAAUACAAUGGCGAAUAGAUUAGACAAUGAGUACGAUUACUUGUUCAAGAUCGUCCUAAUCGGUGACUCCGGUGUUGGCAAAUCCAACAUUCUCUCCAGAUUCACCAGAAACGAGUUCUGUCUCGAAUCCAAAUCCACCAUUGGCGUUGAAUUCGCCACCAGGACACUACAGGUUGAAGGCAAAACAGUGAAGGCUCAGAUAUGGGACACAGCAGGACAAGAGCGUUACCGGGCCAUCACAAGCGCUUACUACAGAGGAGCCGUUGGAGCUCUUCUCGUCUACGACAUCACCAAGAGACAAACCUUCGAGAAUGUGCUGAGGUGGUUACACGAGCUCAGGGACCACGCUGACUCCAACAUUGUGAUCAUGAUGGCUGGAAACAAAUCAGAUCUAAACCACCUGAGAUCCGUUGCCGAUGAGGAUGGUCGGUCUCUGGCUGAGAAGGAAGGUUUGUCGUUUCUCGAGACGUCUGCGUUAGAAGCGAGUAACAUAGAGAAAGCGUUUCAGACUAUAUUGUCUGAGAUUUAUCAUAUCAUAAGUAAGAAAGCGUUGGCGGCACAAGAAGCUGCGGGUAAUCUUCCGGGGCAAGGAACUGCUAUUAACAUAUCGGAGUCAUCUGUAGAUAACAAAAAAGGUUGCUGUUCUAAUUAGUUAUUAUUGACUAAUCAAUCAUUUAAU